AUGUCUCUCGCAUCUGGUGUUUCUAUCACCGAUGAGUGCAUCACCGCAUUCAACGAGUUCCGCAUGAGCGGCAACAGCAAGGGAAGCAAGACGAAGUUUAUCAUUUUCAAGAUCGCCGACAACAAGAAGGAGGUCGUCAUCGACGAGGUCUCCCAGGACGAGGACUACGAGGUCUUCCGCGAAAAGCUCGCGGCCGCUAAGGAUGCUAAGGGCAACCCCGCUCCCCGUUAUGCAGUUUACGACGUCGAGUACGACUUGGGCGGUGGUGAAGGCAAGAGAAGCAAGAUCAUCUUCAUUUCCUGGGUUCCCAGCGACACCCCUACCCUCUGGUCCAUGAUCUACGCCAGCACUCGCGAGAACUUGAAGAACGCCCUCAACAUCCACACCUCUAUCCACGCCGACGACAAGGGCGACAUCGAGUGGAAGACCGUCCUGGCCGAGGCCAGCGGUGGUAAGGCUGGCAAAUAA